GGCCGGCCGGCUCUGGAGGCUCAUUGUGGCCGCCCCGGCAAACGGUCCUCGCACUGACGGGGAGGAGAGACCCGGGACUGCUCCACCCAGAGGCGGGGAAUGAGACCGUGCUGUAGGGCAAGGCUGCGUCCUCCCGGGGACUCCAUCCGGAUCUUUGAAUGAGACUGAUGUGAACAAGCAGGUCCGGGGGCUGCGGUGCUUUCCUGCCGGCCCGGCUCGGGGAUCCAGCACUCUGGUAACAUCAGAUCUUCCAGGAAGGGGUGACUAUGGAGAGCGUGGCUGUGGUGAUUGAAGAAAGAGCCCUGUCUUUGCAAGACCCCGGCCUUCCCCAAGGGAGUGGAGAGGAGAAGGAGGAGGAAGGUGGGCUGGCUGCGUUCCAGGAACCAUUGACAUUCAAUGAUGUGGCUGUAGAAUUCACCCAGGAAGAAUGGGGCCAACUGAACUCUUCCCAGAAGAACCUCUUCAGGGAUGUGAUGCUGGAGAACUACAAGAACUUUGUCUUCCUUGGACUUCCGGUUUCCAUGCCAGCGGUGAUCCUACUGUUGGAACGGGGAGAGGUGCCCCGGAGCUCAGAGGGAGAGGAGUCCAGAGGCAUUCUUUCAGAUUCCAUCAGGAAGGAGCCUAUAUGUAAAAUCAGGAACACAGCUCCAAAAAGAGACAAUUUCAUGGGAGUGUCAUCUAAACAAAGAGUGUUAGCAAAGACUGAUGGUAGUAGCUGGAACUCUGAUAUGGGAAAAGUUUGGGAACACAAUAUAAUGUUAGAAAAUCAGAAAGACAAGCAGGAAAGACAGUCGAAACAAAUCACAGUUGCUCUCAGCAAACCUCUUAAUGAGGCAAGUGUCCUUGAAUAUAAUACAUUUGGGAGAAGCUAUCAACAUGGGCCUAUCCCACAGCAGAGAAUUCAUACAGGAAGAAGUCUUCACAAUUAUGAUGUCCUUGGAAAGAGCAUUAAAGAAUUUUCAGAUCUAAUUAAAUGUAACAAAACCAUCUUAGGGAAAAAUCUUUCUAAGCCUCUUGGUUACCACUCAGGUCUUAUUCAAUAUCAGAUGAUAAAUACUAAAGAGAAACCCUUUACUUAUAGUGAAUAUGGGAAAGCUUUCAACCAGAAUGUAAACCUUAAUAAAACAGUUCAUGCUGGAGAGAAACGCUUUGAAUGUAAUGAAUGUGGGAAAACCUUCAGCAACAAUUCAUGCCUUACUCUUCAUCAGAGAAUUCAUACUGGAGAAAAACCCUUUGAAUGUAAUGAAUGUGGAAAAGCAUUUAGCCAGAAAUCAAACCUUACUCUACAUAAGCGAAUUCAUACUGGAGAAAAGCCCUUUGAAUGUAAUGAAUGUGGGAAAACCUUUAGCCAGAAGGGACACCUUAUUGAGCAUCAGAGAAUUCAUGCUGGAGAAAAACCUUAUAAAUGUAAUGACUGUGGGAAAACCUUCAGCCAGAGAGGAAACCUUAAUGAACAUAAAAGAAUUCAUACUGGAGAAAAGCCCUUUGAAUGUAAUGAAUGUGGGAAAGCCUUCAGCCAGAGGGGACACCUUACUGAGCAUCAAAUAAUGCAUGAUGGUGAUAAACCCUAUAAGUGUAAUGAAUGUGGGAAAGAAUUCAGCCAUAGGACAUCCUUUAUUUAUCAUCAGAGAAUUCAUACAGGGGAAAAGCCCUAUGAGUGUAGUGACUGCGGGAAAACCUUUAGCAAGAAUUCAAAUCUCACUCUCCAUCAGAGAAUUCAUACUGGUGAGAAACCUUAUAAAUGUAAUGAAUGUGGAAAAGCCUUCAGCCAGAGAGGACAUUUUAAUGAACAUCAGAGAAUUCAUGCUGGAAAGAAACCCUAUAAAUGUAGUGAAUGUGGGAAGGCCUUUAGCAAAAACUCCAACCUUACUCUACAUCAAAGAAUUCAUACUGGAGAGAAACCCUAUGAAUGUGGUGAGUGUGGGAAAGCCUUCAGCAAGAAGGGUCAUCUUACUGAACAUCAGAGAAUUCAUGCUGGAGAAAAACCCUACAAGUGUAAUGAAUGUGGAAGAGCCUUCAGCCACAAAACAACCUUUAUCAACCAUCAGAGAAUUCAUACGGGAGAGAAACCCUAUGAAUGUAAUGAAUGUGGGAAAGCUUUUAGCCAGAGAGGAAACCUUACUGAACAUAAGAGAAUUCACACUGGAGAGAAAUGUUUUGAAUGCAAAGAGUGUGGGAAAUCUUUUACCUGCAGCUCAUCUCUUAAGUAUCACUAUAAAAUUCAUACUGGAGAAAAACCUUUUGAAUGUGAAGAAUGUGGAAAGGCCUUUAUUUUACGAGCACAACUUACAUCACACCAGAGAAUUCACUCUGGAGAGAAACCUUAUGAAUGUACUGAAUGUGGCAAAGCUUUUAGGUCCAACUCGUCUCUUACCUACCAUCAGAAAAUUCAUACAGGAGAGAAACCUUAUCCAUGUAAUGAAUGUGGGAAGGCCUUCAGAUCGAAAACACAGCUCAAUUCCCAUCAGAGAAUUCACACUGGAGAGAAACCUUAUGAGUGUAAUGAAUGUGGUAAGACCUUUGCCCAGAGCACACCACUCACUACCCACAGGAGAAUUCAUACUGGAGAGAAACCUUAUGAAUGUAAUGAAUGUGGCAAAGCUUUUAGAUAUAACUCCUCCUUUAUUUACCACCAGAGAAUUCAUAAUGGAGAGAAAUAUUAAUUUAAUAAACAUGGAGAGGCCUUCCUUUGGGUAGAACAUGCCUUACUUCCUAUCAGAAAAAUUCAUAUUAGCAAGAAAUCUUAUGAAUGUAAUCAGUAUUAGAAAGCCUUUGGCUGGAGAACAUAACUAACAAGAUAUUCAUCCUCAGAAGAUUUCUGAAUGUGAAACAGCAUUCAUUUGAAGCUUAUCACUUCUCUGGUACAAGAAAAUUCCUAUUAUAGAGGAGCCCUGAAAGUAAAAGCAAUAAGUCAAAAAGCAUUGUUGUAGCUAAGACAGGAAUCUCCUGUUUAUUUCCCCCACCCUUUAGCAGUAAAUGCUUCCUAAAAGGGUAAUUAUAUGAAAACUUAAUAGUCACAACAAAGAGAUGAAAGCUAACUCAUGCAGAAAACUGAUGUGCUUAAGCUACAUAUGCUGGGCUGGAAUUUUUGGCUUCAGUUAACUGACUUCUUGACUCCAUAGCAAGAUAUAGAAAUAGGGGUAAGUGCCAGUAACUGAGAUGUAGGUUCACAGAAAAAGCAGUAGCCCAAAGGAAGAUUGCUGAUAUUUCCUUAUAUAGGGAAAAUCUUUCUUCCUCACAUGGGUUGUCAUUUUUUUUUUUCAGCUUUCUCUGGUUCUAAAAUAUAUUGUAUGUAACCCAAGGGCCAGGCUGACAUUUUGUUUCCAGAGGACUCUGCAAAAGCCUAUCUACAGACAUAGGGAAUAGCUUUUGAAAGGCCCCUUCAGCCUUAAGCAAAAUUAAUGAAGAACAAGACUUGGGGAGCUUUUAAGAAAAGAAAAAACUAACCCUUUCUCUGUCUGUCUCUCCCCAAUCCUCUCUGUAUGUGUAUAUGUGUGUAAACACACACAGAUGUAGAUAUAUAGAUAUGUAGAUAUUGAUAUAAAGCUAUAAUAUAGUGGAACUCAGAGAACAUGCAAAAACUCCUAUGAAGUGAUGAAAGAAAAAAGUAUAGCCUAAAGGAUAGUAUGCAUGUUGACUAUUGCAAUAUAAAUGAAGACAGCUUCAAAAUGUGUAAUGUGUGGUUAUUUCAUAUAUAUCUUCUAAUAUGAGUGUUUUCCUAAGUAAAAUCAUAACAUCGUAGAGAAUAGAACCAUAUAAGACUUAAGUGAAGUAGAAAACAAAAUCAAUGCUCUAAUAUAAAAGGUAACUGGGGGGGAAAUCCCUUGCAUCUCAUUUCUAAUGAAAGUCUAAUGUCUAAAUAAAUAGGAAAUUAUAUAAGUAUGUGACUGAGAUCUAUUCCUUACUAGAUAAGUGGUCAAAGAAUAUGGAGAAACAUCUCAAAAGAAUGACAGACUAUUAUAAAGCAUGUGAAAAAUACUUCAUAUCAUCAAUAAGAGAAAUACAAGUCAAAUCAGAUCUGAGGUUACACCUUACACUCAGCAGAUUGACGAAGAUGAUAAAAGAUGGAAAUAGUCAAUGUUGGAAAGAUUGAGAAGAUAGGCAUAAUAUGUUUGUGGAGCUAUGGUUCCAACUACUCUGUAAAACAUAGAAUUCCGAAUUAUGUGAAAAAGUGAUUUUAAAUGUUCAUAUCCUUUUAUCAAGAAAUGUUACUGUUAGACUUAUGCUAAAGAGGUCAAGGACAGAGCUAUGUGGGGAGCAAAGAAGUAGAUAAAAAGGUUGGCUAAGUGAUUGUAGUAUAUAAGUGUGAAGGAAUAUUAUUGCCAUGUAAAAAUAAUGAUUAGAAAUAAAAAAAAAAAUU